AUGCCAUCUGGGCGUCUCAUAUGCGGCAACCAUGACCACGGCGCUGUCAUCGGUAUCAGAAAGCAGCUGGAUACCCUUUCCGAGGAGGACGUUACCCAGUUCGAACCAGACUUUGACAAGGCGACAGUUCAGAUUCACUCUCUACCAGUCCUAGUGAAGUGGCAGAUACUUCUCCAGCAGGCCGCCGCUCACCUGAACCUGAUUCGAUCGACUCGAAUCUUCAAGGAUUUCAAGCCCCCCAUCCACCACUACCGCCACCCAAGACUGAUGCUGGCCCGCUCACGCCGGCGCUCGCGAACCCAGCGCCGCUGGAUCUGA